AUGGAUAAAGAAGACAACAUAGAUUAUUAUGAAAUAUUGCAGUGUGAUAGAAAUGCUACAAUUGAAGAACUAAAGAAGAACUACCAACAACUUGCAUUAACUUUGCAUCCCGAUAAAAAUCUUGGUGAUAAGAAUGCAGAAACCUUUCUAUUAGUGCAAAAAGCUUGGUCAGUCCUCAGAGACCCGCAGAGUCGACGGCAGUAUGACGCAACUCUGAAUUUACAAGAGAAUAUUGAACCUUUAUUGUAUGAAACAGUUUUAUUGUCGGACAUGUGCUUUGAUGAAGACAAUAAUGUGUACACAUAUGACUGUAGGUGUGGCGGCAUCUACUUAUUAGAUGCAGAAGAAUUCUUCACGUCUAACAUUGUUAUAGGAUGUGAUGAAUGUUCAUUUUCUAUUCAGAUUAAUAGAUAA